AUGCGUGGCUACAAGGACGCUAUCGCCUCCGUCGGUCAGGCUGCGUACGGGGAGGGUACAGGGCCGAUCCUGAUGGACAGUGUCGGAUGUACCGGCUCUGAGCCUCACCUGGCCGCUUGUGCUCACGAGGGAUGGGCCGUGCACGACUGCAAGCACGAAGAAGACGCCGGGGUUAUAUGCCAACAUUUGGACAUAGCAUUCUCGGCUGGUUGGAGUGCUGGUCACACCCGCCCGAGCAGCAACAGCUACACCAUCCCCUUCGACCAAGUCUACACCAACAUCGGGGGCCACUACUCAACCAACGGCAGGUUCACGGCACCCAUCGGUGGACACUACUUCUUUGUGUUCAACGGCUAUUCCGCAUACCUCGGCAGUUACGGUGUGUAUAUAAAUUUCAUGAUAAACAACAGUGCUUACAAGACUCAGUGGAUAUACGACGCUGACACUGACGAUAGCUACGACACAUCUAGUAACAGCAUUAUUGUCCACUUGAACAGAAAAGACUAUGUUUCUAUCCAGAUUGCUACCACCAGUUAUGCCCUGAGCGGGUACGAAAGAACCACCUUCUCUGGCUUCUUGGUUCAGGCAGAUUAACAUAACCUUUGAGAUACCAAAGUCGUACAUAAAAUGAGCAUGCUGGUCUAAAAUGUUACGCCAU